AUGGGGACGGCGAGCCUCAACUCGGUGACCAUCAACUACCCCAUGGAGAAGGGCGCGCUCUCGCCGCGCUUCCGCGGGGAGCACGCGCUGCGCCGCUACGCGACCGGCGACGAGCGCUGCAUCGCCUGUAAGCUGUGCGAGGCUAUUUGCCCUGCGCAAGCCAUCACGAUCGAGGCCGAGGAGCUGCUUUACCACAAGCAGAAGCUGCUCGAGAAUGGCAACAAGUGGGAAACGGCCAUCGCGGCAAACAUCGCGUCUGAGCACGCUAGUGUGACGUCCCAGCGAACCGCCAUUGGAACCGCGUUUGAGCCACACGUGCACGUGACACUUGGGUUCUAG